AUGACCAGGGUCUCGAGCGUACGAGCUAAACCCGCCUGUUGUCCUAUAUGCAUCAGAGUGCGUACAUUAGAUGUGGCUAAUUUGAAUGGGCAUCGAGGGCGAAGGAGAACUUCAGCUGGUGGAGGAUUCGGUGAGAUUUGGACGGCAGUCGAGGUAGGACACGAGAGAACAGCGGCAGAAUCUCCGCCCGAGGCACUACUAUUCUACAACGAAUUCCUUCUGGCCCAUGAUCGGGAAAUCGCCACCGAGGUUCGCAAUGAAUAUGUGAAUACAAUGAGCAAAGUCUAUUACUCGUACUUCAAAGCAUACUGCAGUAAACUGACUAAACUACAGUUAGACACUACAUCUGAGAAGGAAGUGCUACUGGCCAAACGUUUGGACGACCAAGGCAGUACGAGCACGACCUCAUCCGUCAUGGGUGCAAUGGGUCUGUCUAUGUCAGCGAGCCAGGCUAUUGCUCCAGGUAACGGUGGACUUGCCACGAGUACCGGGUCUCGAUUGGGUCUAUUUGGAUUGGGGGAUCGCGCUGUCCGCGUGUUAGGACAGUCCAAUUUGGAAUCGGCAAUUAUUUUACCCCACGUUGCCGCAAAGGCUGAAGUAAAGAAACAUAUGGAAACUCAACUAAUCCCGUCCGCAGUGCAUGAUGUACUGGGUCUGCUGAUCUGUUUACAACUGCUGUAUGCCAUGUUAAGACGAGCCAAGGAACGUAGCGUACCUGUUUUGUAUAAAUUUUGGACGGACCUCACCGAGUCACUGUGGGUUCGCGUCAGCGAUCGAUUGGAUGCGCACAUUGCUUCCCUGCAGAACGAUUUUGAUAUAUCCACGUUUGUGAACGGAAUGCGGGGGUUGACCACAGGCACUGGACUGACAAGCGGCGGUGGAAGUUUACCCGCACGUGCUUACGCGUUGAUCCGGCCACAUCCUAUUGCUCGACGCUAUGCGGAACUCGCGGCAAGUCUGCAUUCAAUUGGACAUGCAUUCCCCGGCAUUCUCGCAUCACUCGGUGGCCACUAUUUAUUGCGUCAUUUGAUCCUUGAGUUGCAGUGGCACGUACACGUGAUCUGGUUUGAUGAUCGUGUUAGCUGA